AUGGCACUCUCAAACAUCCACGAGCUCGCCAAGCGAGCCUCGGACUCAAUCGAGCCCCCGCUGCCGCAGUCGGCUGGAUAUGUCGUCGUUAUUAUCAUUGGCUUCUUAAUUGCGUUUUUCAUGAUGUUUGCAACUCACGUCUUGAAGAAGACGGUGGGGGAGGAUAACAGAACGACUGAAAUGUUUAUGACAGCAAAUCGACGGGUUGGAACCGGACUGACGGCCUCUGCUGUUAUAUCUUCCUGGCUCUGGAGCACGGCUAUGCUAGGGAGCUCCCUUGUGGGAUACAACUUUGGCGUCGCUGGCCCGUUCUGGUUUGCAGCUGGGUGUUCACCUAUGAUCGUCUUCUUCUCACUGCUUGGCAUUGCCUGCAAGUUGAGGGUUCCAGAGGCUCACACUCUACUUGAGAUUGUGAGAAUUCGGUACGGGACAGCUGGACACCUUGUGUGGAUUGCACUCUGCCUCAUCAAUAAUAUUAUCGCCAUCGCAAACAUGCUGCUGGGCGCAAGUGCUGCUAUCACUGCCCUGACUGGCAUGCACAUUAUCGCAGCCACCUUCCUACUGCCUGUUGGCGUGGUCUUGUAUACCUUCGUCGGCGGUAUCAAGGCGACCUUCUUGACAGACUACUUCCACACCUUUGUCAUCACCAUAAUUAUCUGCUUUUUUACCAUAAAGACGUUCUUGACACCUGAGAUUGGGUCACCCUCGAGUCUGUUCCAGCUUAUCGUCGAGGCUGGAAAGGCAAACCCUGUUGCGGGCAAUGAGGACGGUUCUUAUGUAACAAUGACAAGCAAGGGGGCCAUGUACUUUGGUAUCAUUCACGUCCUCGCUAACUUUGGUCUGGUCAUCAUGGACACUGGCUUUUUCGCAAAGGCCUUCAGCGCAGCUCCCCAGGCCGUGGUUCCAGGCUACAUCGUUGGAGGGAUUGCAUACUUCGGCAUCCCUUGGUGCCUUGGAACGCUGAUGAGUCUCUCUGCGAUUGCGUUGGAAGGCACUGAAAGGUUUCCCACAUAUCCCCGCCGAAUGUCUACAGUCGAGGUUUCGAAUGGCCUGGUCAUGCCAUACGCUGCCAUCGCAAUCGCGGGCAAAGGAGGCGCGGUUGCCGUCUUGCUCAUCACAUUCAUGGCUGUGACUUCGACCAUCUCGGCCCAAGUCAUUUCGGUAUCCUCAAUUAUCAGCUUCGAUAUCUACCGCCGAUACUUCAACCGGGAUGCUACGGACAGGGACGCAAUUCGCUGGAGCCACAUUGGUGUUGUCUUUUUCGGCCUUUUCUCAGCAGCCUUUUCCACGGCUCUCUACUAUGGAAAGGUCGACUUGGGCUGGACCUUGUAUAUGCUGGGAGUCCUGACUUGUCCUGGAAUCUUCCCCACGGUAUUCACGAUUCUCUGGAAGAAGCAGUCCAAAGCCGCCGCCAUCAUCUCACCUCUGCUGGGCCUGGCCACUGGCAUUGCGGUUUGGCUAGGCAGCGCCUCUUCGUUGUAUGGAGAAGUUACCGUGGCUUCCACCGGCCAGAUUUUGCCAUGUGUUUACGGAACAGUCGCCUCCGCUCUGAGUCCUGGCCUCUAUUCCGUGGUCAUCUCGCUCAUCAAACCAGACAACUACAACUGGGCCGAUUUCCGGAAUGAGCGCCUUGCUUUUGAUCAGACAAAGACCGCUGGACAAAGUGACGAGCCAGUGUCGCAUGAGCAAAGAGUUGCAAGCUACACAGCCGACAAGGCGAAGCUUAAACGGUGGGGAACACUAGCGGCGGUUUGGUCGCUGGCCACAUUUCUAGGACACUGGGUUCUCUGGCCACUGCCCAUGUAUGCAUCCAAGUAUGUGUUUGGAAAGGGAUUCUUUGACGCUUGGAUCAUUGUCGCCAUCAUCUGGGUGUGGAUCACCAUGUUUAUUGCGGGCUUCUACCCUAUCAUUAACGGAUGGGGUCAGCUGAAGUAUGUGUACCAGCAACUGACAGGGAGUGCACACGAUGCGAAGGACCAGGGUAGCAGUUCUGAAGCACCGACGAUUCGCGAAGAGAUCACGAGCGACCCUGAGAAGUGA